AUGAGCACCAUUGAAUCCAUUCUAAUACAUCCCAUAGCGUUACUCAAUAUCUCUGCCAACACAUCAUUGGAUUCAGGAUCCCGCUUUGGUGUAUUACUUGGGAGAUAUAGUUCAAGCAAAGUAGUCAUUUAUACAUCAUUUGAAAUUCUAUUUUUCAAACCACAUCAAAUCGAUGUGGAAUAUAACUUGAAACGUUAUACUCAAUUCAAGGUGGUAUUGCCUGAAUAUUCGUUUAUUGGUAUAUAUCAUAUAAAGGGUGAUAGUUUAUCAAUUGAUGAUUCUACCACUUCAGUUCUUACUCAAUUAGCAGAAUUAUUAUUGGGAGACAAUCAAUUAGAAGUACCAUUAGUAUCUAUUACUUAUGAUUCACACGCUUUGAAUAAUGGAAAAUCAUUCCAAGGAUAUCUUGGAAUCAAUCCUAUUAAAACUGGUAUCAUUAGUAGUGAAAGUGAAUUCAUUGCCACUUCCACUGUUGCAAAAUUUAAAGAUUAUAGAAGUGUGAUUCAAAAGGGGUCAAAUGAUGAUGAUGAGGAUUCAAAUUUAGUAGGUAAUUACGUUGCUGUGAAUGAUGGAUUAAUCUCUACCGUCGAUCAUCUUCAAGAUAGAAUAGCAAGAAUUAUUAAUUUCGUUGCAUCAGCCAGAAAUCAAUCCUUAUCUCAAGAUGAAAAAUUAAAGUUAAUUGAUAUCAAUAAUAGUGUGGUUUAUCUUUCAAAUAAAUUAAAUUCAUUUAAACAAAAUAAAUCCAUAAAUAAUAAUACCCUUGAAGGUUUACAAGUAUCUCAAUUAAGUUUAAUAACUGAACAAAUUGUUGCUUUAGAUCAUUUGAAAACGCAAAUAAAUAAAACUAUUAUACGAUAUGCAUUAAAUAGCUAG